AAAAUAAGUGCCGAUAUACUCCUCGCCAAUAGACCGCGCUGUUUCCCUUUGUUAACCCGUUCCGAAAACUCAAAGGUCACGAGGAAGUUGAUCAUAACAUUUGAACAGGACUGUUGUAGGAAAAAUGUUAGAUUAAUUGCCUUUGUGAUAUAAUGUGAAACCAGACGAAACGUCCUACACCUUGGACACAGUAGAUAUGGGGAUCUUUCAGAGGUUCACAAGACUUCCCCUGAAGUCCACAUAUAUUUGGUCUCUGUGCCCACAGCACAGCUCUGAUCUCGCUCUGAUCUCAGCAGGCAGAGCUCUGGUAGCGCGCUCCAGUCAGUUGAUUCAGCAUCACUAUGUGCAUAGCAGAGGGUUGGGAGCCAGUCCAGGCGACCCGGGUGCUGCCCCACCACGGUUACCCUUCUCUAGGGUCACACAGGAAGACCUUGCCGCCUUUAGAAAACUGCUGCCUGGAAGAACCAUUACUGAUCCGGACCUGCUGAAGUCCAGUAAUGUAGACUGGCUUAAGACAGUGGAAGGUAAUAGUGAAGUACUUCUGAGACCCAGAACAACAGACGAGGUCUCUCAGAUUCUUAGGUACUGUAAUGAGCGUAAUCUGGCGGUGUGUCCGCAGGGAGGAAACACAGGUCUGGUGGGAGGAAGCGUCCCUGUUUUUGAUGAGAUCAUCCUUUCCACUUCUUUAAUGAACCAAGUCAUCACAUUUGACAACGUCUCAGGUAUCCUCACUUGCCAGGCAGGCUGUGUGUUGGAGAACCUGUCUAACUAUCUAGAGGAAAGAGACUUCAUCAUGCCGCUGGAUCUAGGGGCGAAGGGAAGCUGCCAUAUCGGAGGGAAUGUGUCCACCAAUGCAGGCGGUCUCAGACUGCUGCGCUACGGGUCGCUUCGAGGGACAGUUCUUGGCUUGGAAGUGGUUUUAGCAGAUGGGCGGGUUUUGAACUGCUUGGCCACACUUCGCAAGGACAACACUGGUUAUGACCUCAAGCAGCUUUUCAUUGGCUCAGAAGGGACAUUAGGAGUCAUUACCGCAGUUUCCGUCCUGUGCCCCCGCAAGCCUAAAGCUGUCAAUGUAGCGUUUUUAGGGUGCUCCAGCUUCCAGAAACUGCUGGAAACAUUUCAGUGUUGCAGAGGGAUGCUGGGAGAAAUCCUGUCUGCUUUUGAGUUUUUAGAUGCCUCCUGUAUGAGACUUCUCGAGAAGCAUCUAAAACUCACCAACCCCAUCACAGAAAGUCCCUUUUACAUUGUCAUCGAGACUGCUGGAUCAAACGCAACACAUGAUGAAGAAAAACUACACAAUUUCCUUGAGGAGGUUAUGACAUCGUCUCUUGUGACUGAUGGGACUGUUGCAACAGAGGCCACAAAAAUCAAGGCAUUGUGGUCUUUGAGGGAGAGAGUCACAGAAGCUCUGACACAUGAUGGCUUUACCUACAAAUACGACAUUUCCCUCCCGGUGGAGAAGAUCUACGAUUUAGUCCAAGACAUGAAGGGGCACCUUGGAGACAUGGCCAAGAAUGUUGUUGGCUAUGGACAUGUUGGUGAUGGAAAUCUUCAUCUAAACAUCACUUCGCCUUCUAAAGACCCCGCUCUGCUGACUGCCAUUGAGCCGUAUGUGUACGAGUGGACGUCCGAAUGGAAAGGUAGCAUCAGUGCAGAGCAUGGACUAGGUCUGAAGAAGAGAAACUACAUUUACUACAGUAAACCCUCAGAAGCAGUCGCCCUCAUGGGCAGCAUUAAAGCCAUGCUGGAUCCUAAGGGCAUUCUCAACCCUUACAAAACACUACCAGACAGUAUACAUUAAUAGGUUGAUGGCGUUCAGGAUUUAUAUGAAAAAUAAGGCUGUUUAUUUUACCACAUUGUUGUUGUAAUAUUGUCAUUGUACGAAAGUGAACUGUAUUUAAUUUGUUCAGUCUUAUGUAUUAGAAGUCAUGCUAGGCCCUCUAGCGGUUAUAGCAUAAACGACCGGUCAUUUUCGGAGGAAUACUAAUCGCGCGAGUUGUACUUAGGCUCUACUACUCCACGCGGAUUAAUCUAAUUGCCCGCGGUAACAGAUCAUCAGCGCGAACGUCGCUAAUAAUAUGCAUAUCCUAUAUGUAAUCUUAAUUAUAUCCUAGGCACAUCUAUAGAUAACAACAUCAAACGCUAACAAUAACGAAAUUCUGAAAAUAUCCGAAACGAGCAGUAUCUUAUUCUGUUGUUUUGACUCGUCUUUACUUGUCAAAAUAAGUUGUUUCUUCGAUUCAAAAGUUAGGAAAUGCUGACAUAAAUGCGAUAUCUGUUUAUAAGAUAAGUUGUAGGAAAAGUAAGGAAACUAUUACUUGUAAAGGCUAUUUAUAGGCAAAAUAUUAGCUGGUUUAAGAGAUUAGCCUAGUAAGGGCACAGCUAAUGCACUUCACACUAUUUCUUGCUAACUCUUUUCUUUUCGAGGUUACCUGUGAAGGUGAAGGGUGCUUUCAAAACAUUACUUUGUAAAGCUCUGAAACUUUUUGGCGAAUAAUUUGCUUUGAACCAGUGGUUCUGAGCUUUUAGCAAACUGCCAAAGUCGUGAUUUUCAGUAAAGGAGGAUUUCUUAAAUCAACGGUUUCAAAACGUCAAUCUUUGAACCCAUGAACCAGUGUAUAUAUGGUUUUUACACGAUCGUGGAUCAUGUAGACUCAUUUUCCAACUCCUCUAGAGUUGAACAGUUGAAUUUAACCGUUUUUUAAUCCAUUCAGCUGAUCUCAAGGUCUGGCGGUAGCACUUUUAACUGUUGCGCAUAUAUUAGAAACUUAUUCGGCCAUUAGCAUCCAGCUAAAAAAAUGUUAGCAUAACGUUUAAAAAUGACCAAAGUAUUUCAAUAUUUUUCCUAUUUAAAACUCUACUCUUCUGUAGUCUUAUCGUGUACUAAGACCGACGAAAAAUUAAAUAUUGCGAUUUUCUAGGCUGAUAUAACUAGGAACUAUAUUCUCAUCUCUGCGUAAUAAUCAAGGAACUUUGCCGCCGUAGCACGGCUGCAGCAGGCGCAAUUAUAUUACGCAGCUAACUACAAGAGCCACGUUUCAAAUAGGAAAAUUAUUUAACUCUUUGCUCAUUUUUAACCGUUAUGCUAACAGUAUAAUUCGAUUAAAUGAUUUUUGCUAAGCUACAGCUAAAAGUACCGCCAGACCUGGAGAUGGACCCGGCUGAAUGGAUUCAAAAACGGUAAAAACUCAACUGCUUAACUCUAGCUUACUUUUUUAAAAAGUGGCAUGUUCCUUCGAAACAAACAGAACAAGCACAGCAACUAAAUUAAAUUACUCGUAUUAUACGGAGACUUAAUAUGUAAUGGUAUUCCUUUUAUUUAUGGAUAUGACAAACACAUAAGGACAAAUGAUGAAAAUAUACAUAUUACCAUAGUGAUUUAUGUUAAGUAAAGUGUUUUAUGUACUCACUCAUGAAAACGUGUGAAUUUUAAAUAAAACCACACAGAACUGCA